AAUGGACAUAUAUAUGAUAGCAGAUGGUGUGGAAAUAACACUAAAAAAACACAAACCUUUUCCCAUCGCUCUCUCUCCCUUCUCUUUGUGUGUCCUCAACUUGCUUGCUCUUCUCUCUCUCCCUUCUCUUUGUGUGUCUCUCUCAACAUUGUAAUUGCUUAGAAUUUUGAGUUUUGUUAUUAUGAAAUCAGUUUUAUUAUUUCCUUAGAAUUUUGAGUUUUGUUAAUUUUUUAUAUUUUUAUAUUAUUAAGUCUUGUGUUUAUAAUUUUAUUAUUUUAAUACAUCCUUUGAUUGUUUAAAAAGUAAUAGUUGUGAUUUUGAGUGAAUUAAUUUUUAGAUAUACUAAAAAAUCAAUCCUUUCUCCAAUGGACAAUGAUGGUUGGGAUCUAUCAGCCAUUGUGCGUAGUUGCAAAGCUACCACCUUUACUAAUCCCACCACCGUUUUUGAAACUCCCACCCCCAACACCUCGACCAAUAACGCUAGAUCUCCUCUUAAACCAACUGAUUUCAUAGAGCUAGAAAAAUUGACAACCAUCAUAAAUCCCAAUACCACUAUCUCCACCCCCACCUCCACCUCCACCUCCACCUCCACCUCCGCCUCCGCCGCCAAUAUCCUUAAACCCACAUUCACUAUCGGCACUCCCGCUUUCACUUACACCAGUGUUCAUAACACCAAUCAAAAUUCAACUUUUUAUGAUGUCUCAACACUCGGGAUACAACAAGAAAUGCAAUUAAAUCCACAAACUGAUUUAUUCACAAGGGUGUAUAUUCCUACAAAGGUUAACUGCAUUAAAGUUACUAGUGCUCAUUUUGAUCUUGCAUACAAUCACCCAUCACUUCAACAACAAUCCCAAAGAGAACUCAAUCAACUACCGAUUCAAGUAACACAAAUCAAUUCUGUGGUUUUACCAAAUACACGUCCACAACGAAAAAAAUACAGAUCAAAAUAUAGAAAAAAUCAGCAGAUGAAUCUGGUUUGCCAUGUGAAUACUGAGAAGCUCUUAGAAGAUCCAUGGGCAUGGAGAAAAUAUGGACAAAAACCCAUUAAAGGAUCUCCAUAUCCAAGCUAA